UCAAAAAACACUAAUUACAGGCCGAACAUCUGCAAAAGGUUAUUGAUCUCCAAAACGGUGAGCUAAGAAUUCGCGAUCACCUCAUCGCGCAACUCUCCGACGUAUUAAAACCCUGCUUCAUGCAAUUGCGCGGGCACGGUUUCGCAACGGAAGGGUUAAUGUCUAAAUAUAACGAGCUAAAGCGCAAUCUGCAAGGGAUACGUACGGUGUCGUGGAGCGACGAUUACUUCCCAGACGCGGACUACGGCGUGAGCUCGACAACCGUCGAGGACAGUGUGGCGGGUGCCAAGAGGAAAUACAGUGAAGAGACAGAGUUAGAUAAUACAUUCACCCUUCCCCCCAAGAAGUCGACCGCCGAUGGUGCUAUGAAUACGACAAAAGUUCUCGACACUCUCUCUGUUAGUAGCAAUGAUGUGGUGGUGGCUGACGCAACCUAUGCUUAUCUGCCUAUCGACGACGAGCCGCUAGAAGACGAAGUGUUCGACAAACAAACGGUACAACUGGAUGCAAAUAAAAAUACUCGUAAUGUUUGCGCCGAAGGUAUGAUGUUGAAAGUCACUAAACCAAAACUGAUCAAAUCGCCACUUCUAAAUAAGAAUCAAAAUUCAGGACAAAAAACGGCAAAGCGAUUGUUGACACAUGCGCCAGGAAGAUCACCUUUAACCGUAGGAUCCAGAGUUUCGCCACGCUUACAUAAAGAAAAUAGAAUUCCCCAUACCACAAAAUCUGCAAUCAGUGUACGCAAAUUGUCAGAUAAGAAUGUUAAUAUAAAAUCGAAAUUGUCCGCACAUUCUACGUACACAUCGACCAGUCGAAUAUAAUGUAACAAUAAGUUAAGAUUUUAUUUUUUUAUAUAGAUAUUUAAUGUUUGUCUUUUUUUAAUGUAUAAACCACUAAUAUGUACAGUUGAAGAAAUAAAAGUAUUGUAUGUUUUGCAAA